AUGCCUUUCAUUGGGGUGUGCUUAGAACAGAUAAUCCGGAAAUGGAAGCAGGAAGAGUGUUUUGAUGGCAAGGAUAUUUACGUAGAUUGUGUGCCGCUAAUACGAAGUUUAAGUAGACAAAAGAUGCCUCAUGUAGCCCAGGAGCUUUUACUUGAAAUGAAAUCCAAUGGUCUUUUGCCUAGCAACUCCACUCUAUCUGCUUUGAUGCUAUGCCAUGCGAACAAUGGUCUUUUUCCUCAAGCUGAGGCAAUUUGGGAUGAAAUGUUACACAGUUCUUUUGUGCCUAGUAUUCAGGUUGUUUCCGAGUUAUUUGAUGCUUAUGGCAAUGUGGGAUGUUUCGAAAAAGUGAAUGAAAUUUUGGCUCAGAUAAGGUCGAGGAAUUUAAGUUUGUUUCCAGAGGUUUACUCACUGGCUAUCUCUUGCUUUGGGAAAGGGGGGCAGCUUGAAUUGAUGGAAGGUACAUUGAAAGAAAUGAUUUCAAGGGGUUUCCCGUUGGACUCUGCCACUGGUAAUGCCUUUAUUAGAUACUAUAGCAUUUUUGGUUCUCUGACUGAGAUGGAGACCGCUUAUGGCCGCCUUAAGAGGUCUAGGUUUCUUAUAGAGGAAGAGGGAAUCCGGGCAAUGUCAUUUGCGUAUCUGAAGAAAAGGAAGUUUUACAGAUUAGCUGAGCUCCUGAAGAAUGUUGGUCUAGGUAGAAGAAACUUGGGAAAUCUUUCAUGGAACCUUUUGUUGUUAUCCUAUGCUGCCGAUUUUAAGAUGAAAAGCUUACAAAGAGAAUUUCUGAGAAUGGUGGAAGCUGGUUUCCACCCUGAUCUUACUACAUUUAAUAUUCGUGCUCUGGCCUUUUCUAGGAUGUCUCUACUCUGGGAUCUCCAUCUGAGCCUUGAACACAUGAAACAUGAGAAAGUUGUUCCUGAUCUUGUGACUUGUGGUUGUGUUGUUGAUGCAUACUUAGAGAGAAGACUAGGAAAAAAUAUGUAUUUUGCUCUCAAUAAAAUGAAUUUGGAUGAUUCUCCACUCAUAUUAACAGAUCCAUUUGUGUUUGAAGUUUUGGGAAAAGGGGACUUUCAUGCAAGCUCAGAGGCAUUUUUGGAGUUCCAGAGUCAGAGGGAAUGGACUUAUAGGAGGAAGCAUAAAUUGUUGGAAAGUCGAUGA